UUAGAAAUGUAUAUUUCGAAAAAUUAGAAUCUGAUCUAAUUACUGGUUAUGUUACUGAGAUAAAUUCAGAAUUGCUUACAGCUGAGGAUAUCCAAAAGUUGUGGAAUGAGAGAAAUUCAUUAGAACUAAUCUUUGAUGACUUGGAAGAAAAUAAUCGAUGA